AUGGUGUUCUUCCCUACAGGCCAAACAAUCUGCCCUUCAAAAGAUUUCCCUCCCAGAGGCGAAAAAAUAUGUCCCAGGAAUCUUGGCGUAUGGCUUUACACAUGUUGCGGCGACGAGUUCAAUGAAUGUUGUGGAACAAUAAGCAAUUUUGGAUGGUUGAUCAUCGGCAUUAUCGGUGCAGCAGCUGUAGCUACACUGGCUGCGGUAAUCGUCAACAACAGAAUGUUUGAGCGCAGGAGAAGGCAGAAAAAGAAGAAGAGCGUGUGUCAAGCAGAGAAAGACCGAGCGUUGUGA